CCCAGACUUAUCCGCAUGGUUACGAUUUGUAAUUGAUAACAUUGAACUAUUACAUCGAUGCAUGGAAGAUACUAUUUUAGAUCAUAAUUUCGGUACUGAUAACUUAGUUUUGUUAAAUCCAUAUGAAAUCAUACGUUCUGGACUACAUAAUACAAAAUUUGUUGAUGACGCCAUGCUUCAUUUAUAUUUAAAAGACAAGUUUAAUGAUAAGAAAGAAGGACAACUGAACUUUCAAAGAAAAUUUGAUACUAUGAAUUAUGAUGAUGCUAUUAAAGAAUACUUCGAUCUAAUAGAUCAAAAUCAUUCUCUUGCCAUUUGUGCGCCGACUGGUGUUGCCGCUUCAAAUAUCGGCAGUUGUACUCUUCAUUCUCUGUGUGGAUUUGGGUUUGAUGAUGAUGCUAAUGAUUAUAAAUAUAAAUUUUCUCAAGGAAUAUCAAAAAAAACACUCCAGGAAUGUUGGACGAAUAUAGAGUAUCUCAUCAUAGAUGAAGUUUCAAUGAUGGGACAAAAACUUAUAAUGCGACUGCAUGCGUGCAUUAACGAAGCAAAAAAUUUUCAAGAUGACACU